AUGGGAUUUCUCGACCUCCAAAUCCAUCGAUGGAGUGCCGAAAAACAGCUCUGGAUGUACCAAAGAGUGUUGAAACGUCCUGAGUACAGAGGUUUCUGCUCCUUCAAGUUCACAAAAAAGCUGUUGGUCAAAUAUCCGGGGUAACAACAUUAAAAGUUGGAUUAAAUGUAUAAUUUCGAUGAAAUAAUCUUGAGAAUUACAGUUUAUGGGGAAUAUUGUCGGUCGCAGUUACUCUGUUGUCCUGCAUAUUUGUCGGAUUCCUGUUUUACACCAUUUUCACCAUCAAAUACGCCGCGUUCCCGAGAGAGUAAGUAUGUAGAUGUUUGCAGAUUAAUCUUACUUUUAAGGGUCGGAACUUUUAUGGGAUUGGCGGUACUGAUGGUAGUAUGUACAAUUCAAUUACUCCCCGUAAUCCGAGCAGUUAUUCUGGUGGCAAUCCCUUCAUUGAUGACCAGUCAGAUCAGAGCUAUACUAAUGUUGAUGGUCGUCACCUGGGCCUUCCAAAUUCCGGCCAUUAACAUCACCAAGAACAUUCAACAGGCAACUACGGCUACUUUAUGUGUCCAAGACAGAGUAAAGGCUCAUUUGAAGGAAGCUAAAGCAGUUGCGGGAGCGAAAAUUCAAACUGUAAGUGCAGUGCAUUACAUAAUGGGUACUGUAACUGGAAUGAAAAGGAUAUUAUUUUAGGUUCCGCGGACUGCUUUUUUGAAGUUUAUUCACGGUGCCACCAAGCCUUUUCGAAAGCUGAGAGAAUUUAUAAAAUCCGUCGAUGAAUCCGUUAACAAAAUGUUGGCCUGGCAACGUCACAUAGCCGAUCUGAUCAACCAAAUGUUGGCCAAUUGCGAUGAGGAAACCAGAAGACCUUAUUACAGGGUAAAAGAGUGUUGUCAUUUAUAUAACUGUUUGCAGUGCGUGGAGAUAGUGGAUAAGAUGCAUGAAGACUGCCUGGACGGGAGUUUCGAAUUGAUUUGUUCUCCCAUCUCCCUUCUUCGCAAGGUAUAAUAAUAAUCCAUUAAUAUCCAGUUAUCGUUUUUUCGGUUCUUUUAUGGAUCAGCAAGCAGAAUCCUGGAAUUAAUUAAUCUAAUUGGUUUCAGAUGUGUUCAGCGACUCGGGUCCUGACUUUGAAAUGUGAAUGGCCUCAAUAUUUGAAGAAGCAUUUACAGGAAACGGUCGGCACUGUGGUCAAAGAUGGCUUGAGGAAAUCUCUGGAAGCAGUGAAGGACACCAGCUUCUAUCAGCUCUACGAAGAAAAUAAAAAGAAUAUCACAGAUGAAUGGGAGGAUGCCAGAAACAUUGAAUUGAAUGUGACCCACAUCUAUGAACAAACUAAUGCCUUGGCCUUGAACUUUGAUGUUGUCAAAAACAAGCUGAGGGACGAAGUUUCUGGACUGGAGACCUUCAUUAGAGCGGUUAUCUGGCUGCUGAAUGCUUUGUUGUUGCCAAUGAUGUUAUGGCCUUUCGUUACUGUAGGUAUUAUAUAUAUAAUAUGCGUAGUGUAAUCUAAAGUGAUGCAAAUGUUUAGGCUUCCAUCUAUGUCCUUCGGUUUUACCGUUUCCCAAUGUAUGAUAAUUACUUUAUAAGUGAACGAUUGGAUGAGAUUGAGGUUGAACGGAGGAGAACUGGUCGGACUACAGUACUCCCGUUGAUGCCUGGGGAAAGGAAAACGGUAAGAUAAUUUUUAAUUGGACAGAAUUUUACUUUCAGUUGAUAAGAAUAACGACUCCGUUUAUGUCAAGGAAAGAGAGGCCUUAUUUAUUCUUCGCACUGGUAACAACGACAGUGGGAGCACUAGUUCCAACCGUCAUCAUCAUGAUGGACAUCUUGUUAUUCAAGUUGAUGAACAAAACUUUCCAAUUUUUUAGUGGAAAUGUUUCAUUGGGCGACGUUCCUGGUCAUUAUGAGUUGAAGAUUGCCGGAAAAGGUUUUAUGAAGGAGAUGUUGGAAUCUCUUUUGGAAGUGUUCCAGCCAUUACAUCAGAAUGUCCAGGACUCUUUCUGGAAGGAUUGCUUCGAAGAACCCAAUCCCCCCGAUUAUCUCCUAUUCCAACUCAUGUUUCUGCUUUUUGUUCUGGCCAUUGCCUUGUGCUUUAUUCAGGUAUAGUUGUUUCAUUUGUGACGUUUGGUAGAUUUUCCCGCGAGCUGCGCCCUACCAUUCUACAGUAUUUUGAUGACCAGAGAAUGCUACAUUGUAAGCUUGUUUAUUUUUAGAUAUAUGCCAAGAGAUGUCGCCAUUUAAUUGCAGAACUUGUAUUCCCAGAAAAACGUCGAUUAAGAGGUUUAAAAUUAUACAGUAGUCUACUGGAAAUGAGAAUGCAUUCCUUGAACAGAGUGGGCGGAAAGAAAAAGGUAAGAAAAUUCAUAUACAUGACUAACGACUCGUUUUUAGAAUAUAAUGGACGUAGAUGAGUUGAGUGCGAGCGAUGUGGACGAUGGCCGUAUUCAGGCAUGCAUCAGAUGCAGCAAGCCCGACCUCGAGAUCAGAAUGGGAGGGUAAGGCAAAAAGAUUUACGAAUUUAUUUUAGAAGUGCAUCUAGAGUUUGUACUGAAUGCAACGAGUUCUAUUGCCUCAAAUGUUACGAUCAAGUCUCGAAAUGCAUAAGUUGUGGAAAGAAAUUGGGUAAAAUCGAGAAUGAAAUCAACCUUUAUGAGGACUCAAGCGCCCUGGAAUCGUCGGAAGAUGAGAUGCAAGAAGUGAUGGUGGAGGGGGAAAGGGGAGGAAUACGGGUAGAAGACAUCAAAAAUGUAUAUAAUAAAGCGAAACAAGCAAAGGAGGGCAUCCAUGACAUUAAGGACAACAUCAAUGACAUCAAUAUUGUACCGUCAUUUGGAAUUUUGGGCAAAGAAAAGGAUAAGAAUGAGAGAGAAACCAAGGGAAAUGACACUAGAGAUAGAAAAGAGAGCAAAGGGAAAGAGGAACCUGGGGACAGUGAGCCAGAAUAUGAUCCGGGGACACCAGUCAAGGAUGAAGAUCAAGGUCUCAACGCUCCAUCUAACGUGCAUGAAGAUGGUGAUGAUAAUCAAGGGCCUGGCAAACCUGUGAGGAAUAGUAAGAUUCCUGGAGAUAAGAAUAAGAAGGUGAGUGGCCUGGGAGAUGGCUUUUAUUAUUAUAGGGUGAUGUCAAGAAGAAACCAGGAACUAGAGCAGGCAAAGUCACCAAGAAUAAGAAGAAGAAAGCUGGAACAAAAACCCCGACAAAGAAGGAAGGAAAGAGCUCCAAAAAUAAGAAAACUAAAUCCGAUGCCAAGAAGAGCAAAAACGCUAAGAAUCAGAAGAAAAGGAAAGAUAAAGUGAAGAAGAACAAACCCAAGGGUAGGCCUACCACUCCCAAACCCGGCAAAGGAAAAGGCAAAAAGAAGAAAUAG